AUGGAUGGGUUACUAUCAUCUCUAAUUAAAUUUCGCGUAAAUGAAGAGUUAAAAAACAGUAGUAAUAUUAGUGAUAGAUUAUUAUAUUUAGUUUGGAAUAAUAUAUUUUUAAGAAAUGAAAUUCAUAAACAUAUUUUAAAGUUUAUUAAACAUAGUGUUGAAGAUCUUGAUAUAUCAGGUUAUAGCAAGUUUAAGGAUAAAUCAUAUAUAACAACACUUAACUGGAGUGGUGAUACACUUCCAGAUAAAAAUGAAUUUCCACCAUUUUUGACAGAUUUAUAUUUUUGUGUUUUCAAAAAAGUUUUAACUUUAACAACUUUACCAAAUACAAUUACUACUCUCAUAUUUGAUGGCGAUUUUAACCAAGUAGUUCCACCUGGCACAUUGCCAAAUAGUCUCACAACACUCACAUUCGGUCGUAGUUUUGACCAAGUAGUUACACCCGGCACAUUACCAAAUAGUCUCACAACACUCACAUUCGGUCGUUUUUUUAACCAAGUAAUUCUACCUGGCACAUUACCAAAUAAUCUCACAACACUCACAUUCGGUGAUUAUUUUAACCAAGUAAUUCCACCCGGCACUUUACCAAAUAGUCUCACAACACUCACAUUCAGUGAUGAUUUUGACCAAGUAGUUCCACCUGGCUCAUUACCAAAUAGUCUCACAACACUCACAUUCGGUGAUGGUUUUAACCAAUUAGUUCUACCAGGCUCAUUGCCAAAUAGUCUUACAACAAUCAUAUUCGGUUCUUGUUUUAACCAAGUAGUUCCACCUGGCCUAUUACCAAAUAGUCUUACUACGCUCACAUUCGGUUAUUAUUUUAACCAAGUAUUUAAGCCCGGCACAUUACCAAAUAGUCUCACAACACUCACAUUCGGUUUUAGUUUUAGUCAAGUAUUUCCACCCGGCUCAUUACCAAAUAACCUCACAACACUCACAUUCGAUAAUGAACACGCUUCCGAUAAUUGGUAA